CGUCACGACCAGAAUCCGUUUGUAGCACUAAAGACGAGAAGAUUGAAGAAACUUUUGAGUCCCGUCGUGAGUCAGCUCUGUCGGCUGCUGAAAUCAAGAAAGAUGACAAGUCACCAGUAACUUCCAAGGAACCGUCGCGACCAGAAUCUGUUUCUAGCACUAACGAAGAGCAUAUUAAAGACUCUGUUGAAUCCUGUCGUGAAUCAGUUUUGUCAUCUGCCAAAAGUAAGAAAGAAGAAACGGUUGAAUCCCGUCGUGAGUCAGUUUUGUCAUCUGCCGAAAUCAAGAAAGAUGAUAAGUCACCUGUAUCUUCCAAGGAACCGUCGCGACCCGAAUCGGUUUCUAGCACUAAAGCCGAAAAGAUUGAAGAAACUGCCGAAUCUCGUCGUGAGUCAGUUUUGUCGUCUGCCGAAAGUAAGAUGGAAGAAGCGAUAGAAUCCCGUCGUGAGUCAGUUUUAUCGACUGCAGAAAGCAAGAAAGACGAUAAGUCACCUGCAGCUUCUAAGGAACCGUCCCGACCAGAAUCUGUUUGUAGCACUAAGGACGAGAAGAUUGAAGAAACUGUUGAAUCCCGUCGUGAGUCAGUUUCGUCGACUGCAGAAAGCAAGAAAGAUGAUUCGUCAUCUGUUGUUUCCAAGGAACCAUCACCACCAGAAUCUGUUCUCAGCACUAAGGACGAGAAAAUUGAAAAAACUGCUGAAUCUCGCCGUGAAUCAGUUUUGUCGACAGCAGAAAGUAAGAAAGACGAUAAGUCACCAGUAACUUCCAAGGAACCGUCCCGACCAGAAUCUGUUUCUAGCACUAAAGAAGAAAAGAUUGAAGAAACUGCCGAAUCUCGUCGUGAGUCAGUUUUGUCGUCUGCCGAAAUUUUGUCGUAUGCUGAAAGUAAAAAGGAAGAAGCGAUAGAAUCCCGUCGAGAGUCAGUUUUGUCGACUGCAGAGAGCAAGAAAGACGAUAAGUCACCUGCAGCUUCCAAUGAACCGUCACGACCAGAAUCUGUUUGUAGCACUAAGGACGAGAAGAUUAAAGAAACCGCUGAGUCCCGUCGUGAGUCAGUUUUGUCGACUACUGAAAUCAAGAAAGAUGACAAGUCACCAGUAACUACCAAGGAACCGUCGCGACCAGAAUCUGUUUCUAGCACUAAAGACGAAGAGAUUGCAGAAACUGCCGAAUCUCGUCGUGAGUCAGUUUUGUCGUAUGCUGAAAGUAAAAAGGAAGAAGCGAUAGAAUCCCGUCGAGAGUCAGUUUUGUCGACUGCAGAGAGCAAGAAAGACGAUAAGUCACCUGCAGCUUCCAAUGAACCGUCACGACCAGAAUCUGUUUGUAGCACUAAGGACGAGAAGAUUAAAGAAACUGCUGAGUCCCGUCGUGAGUCAGUUUUGUCGACUGCUGAAAUCAAGAAAAAUGACAAGUCACCAGUAACUUCCAAGGAACCGUCGCGACCAGAAUCUGUUUCUAGCACUAAAGAAGAGCAUAUUAAAGACACUGUUGAAUCCCGUCGUGAGUCAGUUUUGUCAUCUGCCGAAAAUAAGAAGGAAGAAACGGUUGAAUCCCGUCGUGAAUCAAUUUUGCCGACUGCGGAAAGCAAGAAAGACGGUGAGUCAACUGCAGCGUCCAAGAAACCCUCGCGACCAGAAUCUGUCGUCAGCACCGAAGACGAGAAGAUUGAAGAAACUGCUGAAUGUCGCCAUGAAUUAGUUUUGUCGACAGUAGAAAAUAAGAAGGAAGAAGCGGUUGAAUCGCGUCGUCAAUCAGUUUUGUCAUCUACAGAAGUUAAAAAGGAAGAAGCGGUUGAAUCCCGUCGUGAAUCAGUUUUGUCAUCCGCCGAAAGUAAGAAAGAAGAAACUGCUGAAUCUCGUCGUGAGUCAGUUUUGUCGGCUGCAGAAAGCAAGAAAGAUGAUAAGUCACCUGUAUCUUCCAAGGAACCAUCACGACCAGAAUCUGUCGUCAGCAGUAAAGACGAGAAAAUUGGAGAAUCUGCUGAAUCCCGUCGUGAAUCAGUUUUGUCAUCUGCCGAAAGUAAGAAGGAAGAAGCCAUAGAAUCCCGUC